AAAGAACACCAUACGUUACAGUGAGUAUGACAUAUUGACGCAAUAGGUGCUCUGCCUCUGUGCUGCGACCUUACAGGAACACAAAACAUAAUUCUUUCAUUAUACCAAAUCUUUGAUCAUUUCUACGAGGAGAGACUGCAGCUCAUGAAGCAGAUCCAAACAUGGCCGUUGAGUACCGGGCCUCCACAGUAACAAACAUGGACAUGGAGAACAGUAAAAUUGGCUAUAAGCAAUUCUUCACGGACGGCAGCAAGCUCCAGUCUUCAGUCUAUGCAAUGAGAAACAGCCCUUUCCGGGUCGCUACAGUUUGCCUUGGUGUGCUGUGUCUAAUCCUGUUUUCAGGAGUCAUAGGUCAGAGUGUUCACUACCAAAAAGCAGAGCAAGACCAUCAGAACAACCUAAAAACCAUGAGUAAAGAGAAAGAGAAUCUGCAGCAGGAUUUGAGGGCAGUGCAAAAACAGACAAAGGAUCUCACAACCACAAAUGCUCAAUUACAGAGAAGUAACGUUUACUUAUCUGAGAGAUAUCAGCACACAGAGACCAACUACAACUUACUGAAUAGGCAGGUAACUGAACUUAAAAGUAGCCAAACCCAGUUACAGGCCAGUAACACUGCUGUAACUAAGGAGAUAGAAGCACUAAAAGCCAGUAAUGACCAGCUCCAAACUAAUAAUAAUGCCUUGACUACAGCCAAAGACCUGAUACAAAAACAACACGAUAAAGUGGUCAACAGGAAAAAUGAGUUACAGGCCAAUUAUGUCUCAGCAACCAAGGAAAGAGACGAUUUAAAGAACAAAUACCAUAACGCAACCAGACAAAGAGAUCAGCUACAAUUGAAUUACAACACCUUGAUUAAGGACAUAGAGCACCUGCAGGACAGAUACAACCACUCUACCAAUGAGAAAGACAAGCUAGCAAGCAGCCACCAGAAUCUGACGGCAGAAAAGGAAAGUCUGCAGGACAGAUACGAUCUACUUGUGAAAUCCUUAGAUGAGCUGCAGGCUUCUUACAGGUCCUUGAUUCAAGAAAAACAGGAUAUGGAAAGCCGUUGCCAAAAUGUAACUGUGGAGAGAGACCUGCUGGAGAAGAACAACGACAACCUGACUGCUGAGAGUGAAGUGCUGCAAUUGGAAAUUGAGCAACUGAAGGCAAAGAUUCAAGCAAAGCCAUGCCCCACUGACUGGAGAAAAUUUGAGGGCAGCUGCUACUACACUUCUACUGGCAAGAAAACUUGGAGGAAGGGUAGAGAAUACUGUCAAAGCAAAGGAGCAGACCUGGCAAUAGUAAAAAGCCAAGAGGAAAUGAUCUUCAUCAAUAGCUUGUAUCCAAGUGACAAACAAGUCUGGAUUGGAUUGACCGAUCAAGGAGUAGAAGGGAAUUGGACAUGGGUAGAUGGGUCACCACUGACCACAACGUUCUGGGGUAAAAACCAGCCCAACAGCUCCAAUGGGAGGAACCAGGACUGUGCGGAGUUCCGGCACCGUGCAACAGGAAAUGGAGACUGGAAUGAUGAGAACUGUAACGUAGAACAGAACUGGAUCUGUGAGAUGUAGUUUUCCUGUGCAGAGUGGACGAGAGCUUUGGCUUGACAUGCUGGCCAAUGUCUGGUACAGAUGAUUAUCAUGUAAUAUCAAAUUUACACAUAAUGACACAGAGCUUUGCUAACAGCCAAAGCCUGAAUGUAUUGUUGUGAUAAAUAAUGUAAGUCAAAUUUAGCAGAUGACUGAUCGUGUGUGGAGCUGAUACACUGAGAUAAUUUGUCUGGAUAAAACUCAUUUGGUAAUGUUGCACCAGUUAACUGUACAACGAUAUCUGUACACACUAACAAUCAAUUAUGUUAGCGUUGUAACUAAUUUCUGAAGAAUGAUUUUCAGCGCACACAUAUGUGAAAUAGACACUUCCAGAUUAGAGGAUAGACAAACAUCAUCACAGUGAGACUGUUCUCAGUUUAAGCUUAUGCUGGAUAUUCUCCGCUCAGUUAUGGCUUCCUGUAUUACCUCAAAGACCAGCCAGUGUGAAGCUUCACGAUGAGAUAAAUGGAAAUGGAGUGUUCUAUAUUAUUCAUAAUUCACUAUGUAUUAACAACCAUUCAAUCUGCACUUUUAACUAUUUGAAUUGACUCUUACAUUGCAAUUAAACUUUUUUUUUCACACUGUUUUUAAUAUAAAUGCUUUUUUUCAUAUCGAUUCAUGGAAACAUAUAAACUGAGUGAUUUCAAAUAAAGUAAUUCACCUUGUACAACAUCAA